AUGAGUGAAUUGAAACUUGUUGCCGAUUUGACCAAUGCAGGAAACGUAGUAAAGGAAGUGUGUAUAUCAACAACUCAUGCAGAAGAUUCCGUAUGUCAUAUUUGGGAUGUUCAAACAGGAAAUAUCAUCAACACAUUAAAAAGAACAAGAAAUAAUCGUGGCUGUAUUAGUUUUAUUCCCGAACAUUUAUGUUUAAUAUCUGCUCAAUCGGAUAAGAGUAGAAUUUUCAUUUACGAUAUCAGAAAGGAACAACCAUUAUAUGAAUGUCCAGUUGCUGAAAAAAUCACUAGUUUAGCCACUUAUGGAAUUUGGUGUUUUGGUGGAGGUGAAAAUGGUACUGUUUAUGUUUGGAAUAUUCUUACAGGAAAAUUAUUGAGAAUUUUCAAUGCUCACUUGAAGACAAUUACCUGUAUGGAUGUAAAUAAUGAUUUCCUUGUUACUGGAUCUCUUGAUACACUUAUUCAAGUUUGGAAUUUGGCAGACUUAUUGGAUAUUAGAAAUGAUGAAAGACAAGUCACUCCAAUCUAUUCUCUUUCAAGUCACUCAUUGGCUGUUACAAGUGUUAAAUUCUCAUCAUCUAGUCAUACUAAAUUAAUUACCACAAGUUUGGAUAGAACAUGUAAAAUUUGGGAUAUUUCAUCAGGCAUUGAAAUUACUUCAAUUGUUUACCCAUCAAGUGUUUUGUGUGGAGUUUUAUGUAAGAAUGAACAUGAUUUAUUUGUUGGUUGUUCCAAUGGAUGCAUAUAUCAAAUGAAUCUCUAUCCACAUAAACCUCAAUAUUUGGAUGAAAGUAAUCAAGAUAUGUAUGACGAUGAUGAAUAUGAUCCAUUAUUGAGUGGAGCUAGAAUGGUGGUCAGUGAAUUGGGAGCCAGUUCAAGUGGAACAAAGAAUCUUACAUUGGAAAGUGAUACAUCGAGUGAUGGUUCCUCAACAAGAGGUUCAAGAUAUAUGUGUUAUACAUUUAAGGCCCACAGUAAUGCUGUUACAACUUUGGAAUUAACUCAAGAUGGAUUAAUUAUUGUCAGUGGUUCUAAGGAUGGUAAAUUAAUUACUUGGGAUGUUAAAUCAAGACAACCUCUUGUUACUUUCAAGAAGCAUUCCAUUGCUGUUGAUACUGAAAUUUCCAACUCUGUAAUUUCCACCAUCAACAUGACUCAAUUCUCCUCAUUCCACAAUAAUGAAAAUGUCAAGCAACACUCAGAUCAACAACAAAAACAAGCCAGAAAUACAUCAUCCCUCUCUAUUAAGCCAUUGAAAAAGUUUGUUGAUACACAAGGUCUCUUAUUAGAAGUCAACUCAACCAAUGACACUUGGAAUACUCUCUUUGCUGAUUCUGAUUUUGAUUUGAAACUUUCACAACAUUUCAACACUCCUGAAAGCUCACUUACUUCCUCAUUGGUUCAUCAAUCCCUCUCCAAGAUUAAGUACAAACCAAAGACAGUCUCUAGAGGCAUUCAAAAGAAGGAAUCUUUAAUGGUUAAGAAACUUGUUGCAUUACAAAAGAGAUUUGCUGAAACUGAACAAUUGUACAAUCAACAAAAGUCUAUCAAUGAUGAUCUCCUUGAAAUUGUUGAAAAAUAUCAAAUGAAGGAAGAACAAGAAGCUGCUGCUGCUGCUGCUGUUGAGGAAAAGAAAAAGACAUCAUCAGCCAAGAAGGCUUCUUCUGGUGGCGGUUUCUUCCAUAGAAAAUUCCAAUAAAUUCACCUUAAACUUUAGAUUC